ACCUGUUGGGUCCCUGGAUCAGAUCAGAUUCUGUCUAUCUUGUCUUUUAUCCCACAAUGGCCAAACAGGAGCUUCUGGGAAAACCAAGAAGGAGGUUUCGAUUUAUUUGUUUGCCGUUAUGAGCCUUACAGAAUUACAGUCCCCCCAAUAUUAAAAUCUGUGGUACGGAUGUGUCUGUAGAGGCUUGAGACUUCCUCUCUGGGCAGAACCCAAGGGAAAACUUAAAGGGGAAGCAGUUUGGGAUGGUCAGCACUUUGAGCUCAGCGCCGCGUUUCACUUCUUCAUGUCACAAAAUGCACCUGCCACUCAAUCGCGAAAAGAACCUCAAAGCGGUUUGCAAGCUUGCAUCUCUGUGCAGAUCAAACCAAGCAUCGCAAAGGCAGGAGCGCCCGCUCUGACGACCUUUGUUCUAAGGAGCCCAGACCAUAGCUGUCAACUUACAGAUUUGAAAAUAAGGGGCCAGCAGCCUCGGAAAUAAGGGAUCAGCAGCCAAAAUAAGGGAUUUUAGUCAACCAGCUGAAAUACGAAGCUAAAAGGGACCAGAUAAUUUGGGAGAGCAGCGCCAGUUUUUAGCCCUUCAUUUCCAGAGGUUGCUGCUCAAGACACCAGCCGAUGAAACACUGCAAUUAAAUAACUACAAGCAGCAACCACUUUUUGCGCAAAAUGAAGUCCAAGCUACGAAGAUGCUGCUGCAGUUCUGUAUCUUUUCUCUCGUGCUCCAUCUGCAGCUCUCAGUUCCAUCAGGCGGGGCGGGAGGAAGGGGGGGGAAUAGAGCCCGAAGUAAACCCGCAGAUCAGACCAUCUAUGCUAGUCUACCACUACAAAUCUAUGGGAGAAGCGCUUGCGGUCCUUCCUCCGCUUUCCCCCUCUAUGGUUAGCCCUUAGAACACCUCCCUGUGCCUCCGCCUCCUUCUCCUUCUCCUCUCUCUGAACUGCUUUCUCUAUGGUUGCCCUCGCUCUCCUCUCAAGGCUCCGCAGUCCUGGCGGGGAUGGGCUCCCGGGGGCUGAGGCUGGUGAGAGGAGGCCGGAGGGGGGGGGCGGGCAGCCAAGCAACACAGUUGGAGCCUUCCUCCUCCCUGGCCGGCAGGGAGGGAGGGAGAGGAGCUGCUUCCUUUGAAACCCAGGAAAUUUAAGGGACAUCAUCAAUAAGGGACAGCAGCGGGACACAGCGCUGGGACAAGGGACUGUACCGCCAAAUAAGGGACACUUGACAGCUAUGGCCCAGACCCUGAGGGCAUGUGCUGGAACCAUGGAGGUUUCUCCGCACUUGGAAGGCAGGGUCUGCGUGUCACGGCAUGAUUCUCCCUUUUCCCUCACUUUAGCCCUGGGCCAAAACAUCACGGAGCCGAGAACAGUGCUCCAUUGCUUCAAAUGCGACUUCGAUCAACCCUGCUCAGAGGCGAGUGUGACCUGCAAUGAAGGAGAGAGCUGCAGCACCAUCAGAGGGCAUUCAGAUUAUAAAGUCCACGAAUCCAUCUACGGGAAGGGCUGCGUCUCCGUCAGGAAGUGCAACGGCUUGGACAGAAUCAGCUACUCCAACAACCCUUUCCGUGUCACCUACUCCUGCUGCAACACCGACUACUGCAACGACGGCUACUCCGGGGCACCCCGUCUCCCCUUGGUCUGCGUGGCCACCAUCCUGACCAUGCUGCUUGCCUCCCUUUUGUGAGACCCAGAACAUGCCCGUGCCCUGUGAGGAAACUGACCCGCUCCCCGCAGUGACCGUCUCCUCUUCCUCAUGUCUCCCUCCGU